AUGGAGUUUCUUGGAACCACUCAGACCGCCAGUUACUGUGGCCCCAAGAAGGCCUGUGACUUCAGGGCGCUGCCUGCGGCUGUGCCAGCCCCGGUAAUCCAGGAAUGUUACCAGCCCUAUUACCUGCCUGGGUACCGCUACCUCAACUCGUGGAGACCCAGCCUCUUCUACAAGGUCUCCAGCGCCCAGACCUGUCAGGGUGAGGGGGCCACAAGCCACAGUGCCCUGACGCCGCCCACCAUCCUGCCCUCGCUCCGUUCCACGCUCUUCUGUCGCUACAACCCCCACGACUGGGACCAGUGCAACCAGCAGCAGAUGCGCGGGGCUGAGGCCUUGCGACAGUGGGCCAGCCGCAUGAAGGGUGACUGCAUGCGGCUCAUGCAGGACAAGGAGCAGCUGACGCACCAGAUGCAGGAGGGGGCCUGCCGGAACCUGGCCCAGAGGCUGUCGGACAUCGGCUUCUGGAAGUCCGAGCUCAGCUACGAGCUGGAGAGGCUUCUGAGCGAGAGCCGUAGCUUGGCCACGAUCAAGAAGCGGCUGGAGUGCGCAGCUGACGAGGUGAACUGCCCGCUGCAGGUGGCCCUGGAGUGUCUGUACCAUAGAGAGAAAAGGAUUGGGAUCGAUCUGGUCCAUGACAAUGUGGAGAAAAACCUUAUCCAGGAGGUAGAUUUGUUAAAAUGUUGCCAAGAACAGAUGAGAAAACUAGCUCAACGAAUUGAAAUCCAAAUGCGGGAUAACCGAGACACUCAGCACGCUCUAGAGAGGGACCUCGAGGACAAAAACUCAGCCCACUUUAUCGACGAGAAGUGCCUCAACCUGAGGAACACGUCCGACUGCAUCACCUUCUUCCAUGGCGUGGAGAAAAUCGAUGGCUCGGUCUCCGUGCCCGAGACCUGGGCCAAGUUCAGUAACGACAACAUCAGGCACUCUCAGAACACGCGGGCUAACUCCAUCCGGCUGCGGGAGGAGGCCACGAGCCUCUUUGAGACCUUGUCAGACCAGAUGUGGAAGCAGUUCACCGACACCAACCUGGCCUUUACCGCCCGCGUCGCCGAGGUGAUGGACAUGAAGAAUAAGCUGCAGACGCAGCUGGCUAAGACGCUGCAGGAGAUCUUCCAGGCGGAGAACACCAUCAUGCUGCUCGAAAGGUCCGUCAUGGCCAAGGAGUGCCCUCUGAAGGUGGCGCAGACAAGGCUGGAGUGCCGGACCUGGCGCCCCAACGUGGAGCUGUGCAGGGACCCCCCACAAUUCAAGCUCCUGAACGAGGUGUUCACCAUCGAUGACACUCUGCAGACCCUCAAGCUGAGGCUGCGGGAGACGCAGAACACGUUGCGGCUGCUGCUGAUGACCAAGUGCCAGCUGGAGCAGGAGCUGGCCAUCAAGGCGAGCUCCCUGUGCAUCGACAGGCAGUGUGUGCGCAUGCGCAAGACAUUCCCCAGCACCCCUCGCCUGGUGGGCUACACCUGA